AUGGCCAACUGGACAAAUUUUCUGGAAAUUUGGAAACAAGAGAUUUUAACUGUUUUAAGUGAUAAUAACGUGAAAACAGUUGUCCUUUUUGGAGAAGCUAAAACAUGGAUGGCAAAAGAGAUUGCUAAUUCUGCCAGCCUCAAGGGCUCCUCCUAUGGAACUAUUUGGGUGGUCCCAGGAUAUUAUUAUGAAGGCAAAUCUCUUGUUGAAAAUAUUGACUUUCAGCUGUCUGUAUUUCCUUCUAAUGAGGAGUGGGAGGAAGAUGAUGAUUCUGAUGUGGAGCAGCAGGAGCAAGAAGUGGACUUGGAUCUGAAACGGGGAAUACUGAAAAAGCUUGAGUUGAUGAAAACUGCCGCUGGAAAAGAUCCAUAUCUUCUCGUAGUUCUGGAUGAUGUUAUUGACAUGGACCAAAACAAAAUUCUUCUUGAUUUAAGUGACCUCCUCCAGGGGCACCUGCUUAAGGUUUUAAUCACAAGAAGGGGAAGUGAUAUCGGUAUUGGCAAUGAGGGAAAUGCGGAUACAGUUCGGACAGACAAUGUAAGAUCAUAUGAAAUCAAAUUCCUGUCUCCUGUCGAAUCUUCGGAUUUACUGCAGAAUAGGGUCAAGGUGGAAGUUUCUAGGGCAAAUGGGUUUGAAAGACUGUCUGCAGCUAUUGGAAAAAGUAGCUCAGGUCAUCCUGGCGCAAUUAUUAUGAUCGCAAAAGCCAUGAAUAAUGUUAACACCUCUGAGUUGGACAAUGCAGUUGAAGAAGCGGCCUCUAUAAUUGAAUCUGCUGAUAUUGAAACAUUAUUGCAGCAUGUUUAUAAAAUGUUGCCAAGUACCCUCAAUAAGUGCUGUUGGCACUGCAGAUACUUGUUUCUCCAUCAUGAUAGCAUCCACUACAAUGAGCUGAUAGCUCACUGGUUACUGGAAGGGUAUUUUGAUCAUCAUGAUAAUAUUGAGAAGGCCUAUGAGGAAGCACAUCGCACUCUGAUGGAGCUCAAAAAUCGCGGAAUUCUUAGAGGAAAAGAGAAUAGUUAUGUUUAUAUGGAAAGUGAUGCUUUGGGAGUCGAUGAUCACCGACGCGAUGGACUCAGCGGGUCUGCAUAUGUUGGCGUGGCUAGUGUGCUGAAUGACCAAACUUGGGCUGGUCUUGGGAGGAUUAUACAGACUGAUGGGAUGAUAAAGACGAGUAGUAAGAAAAGGAACGAGAUGUCCACGCUAUUUAUAGAUGGUGCUCGUUUUUGCAGGGAAGUCCCUGAAACAUUUUUCCAACACAUACAACGACUUAAAGUCCUGGUCAUCUUAAAUCCGAUGUUCAAAAGGGUGCCCUCACCACUUUCAAAAAUGAAGGAGCUUCAAGUACUUGUUCUGAGGGGCUGUCGUCUAUUGGAGAGUGUAGAUGAGAUCCAUGAACUUACGAACUUACUAGCUCUUGAGAUAUCUGGGGCUUGUUUUGUGAAGGAAAUCCAUGACGAUCUUUUCAAGCUUAUGAAAGAUCUUAGAUCUCUGAACUUAUCUGAAGUUGGCAUUAAGCGGCUUCCUGCUUCUGUCUUAAAUCUGGGCGAACUCCGUUGGCUCAUUCUUAGAAACUGUCCAAAUUUGGAACAAUUGUGUGAUGUUUAUUUAUUGAAGAAAAAGGAAGCAUUAAAUCAGGAAGUGCUUUCAUUGGCAAAGCUGGAAGUGCUUGAUUUCUCUGGUUCAGACUCUUUCCAAAGAAUCCAGGUCAAGACCCUCUCUCCGCUCAAAAAACUUCAAAUUCUCAAUCUUUCUAAGACCAGCAUUAGGCGCAUGCCCUUCUUUCACGAUUUAAGAGAGCUCACUCGACUCCUCUUAAGUGACUGUCCAUCCCUUGCAAGACUUCCCACCUUAAGACCACUACUUAAACUUCAGAUUCUCGAUCUUGCGAAGACAACAUCUUUGAAAGAAGUGCAAGAUGAUUCUCAGAAAACUAAGACUGACUUUAGAGUUCUGGAUCUCACGGGUAGUGCUGUAAAUAAGCUACCUUGCAACAUCAGCAGCUUAUCUUAUCUUCUUUUGAGUGGCUGUGUAGAGCUUCCAAAAUUGCCAUCCACGCAAAACCUCCGAGGCCUUGAGGAGCUGAACCUUUCUGAUGCCUCUAUAUUGGAAGAAUUCGAAGAUGACUCAUUUGAACAUCUUAAUUCCCUUCGCCGACUCAUCCUCUCAAAUACUAGAAUCAAAGCUCUGCCAUCACUUUCCGAGCUUUCUGAACUUCGUUUGCUCUUGCUAAAGAAUUGUAAAUUCCUUACUAAGUUGCAAAACUUGAGUAUACUCAAGAAACUAGAAGUUGUUAAUCUCUCGGGAUGCUCUGAGUUGGUGAUAGCAUGGAAUGACUCCUUCCAGGCAAUGUCUCACCUGAAGACGAUCAAUCUGUCAGAGACUAAAAUCAAAAGCCUUCCUCCAGAUUUCUUCCCUGUCAGCCUCCAUCACCUAAUAAUAAGAAAUUGCCCCGAAUGGAAUGACCUUCCUUCCUUGGAAGCUCUGGUGAACCUGGAGGUACUCGACCUCUGUGGUGCAAAAUAUUUGAUCGAUAUAAAACUUGAAUUUCUUAGCCAUAUGAGCAAACUAAGGAUUCUGAACCUCUCUGAAAUAGAAUUUGAACAAUUGCCAUCUCUGUCCCACCUCACUAACCUUAGGGAGCUCUCUCUGAGAGGUUGUUCCUGUAAAGUGUCGAAGCUGGAUGCCCUAAAGGAGCUUGAGCUGCUGGAUCUAUCGGGGACCAAGGUUAGGUCUUUACCUACCCUUGAGAUUUUUAGCAAGCUCCAACAACUACUGCUAAGAGAUUGUGCUGAUCUCGAAAGUUUGGUAAAUUUGAAGUCUCUUACUGAAUUGGAGGUUCUGGAUCUUUCAGGGACAAAAAUAAAAGAAUUUCCCUAUGAAACCUCGGAUCUGACUAGUCUAAGGAAGCUCAAUCUGCGGGAUAUGAAGCAUAUUAAAGAAAUUGACUGGACGAAGAUAAAGUGUAUUCCAGAGGAGUUCAACUUGGGUGGUUGUGGAUCCCUAAGUUCUGAGAUUGCCGCAUCUUCUGACUGGCCUUCCAUAAAGAUAUGUGGUACCAGAUUUUUCCAGUUCGUGGAGAAAAAUCUCUUGUUGAGGAAUACAUGCUUCCAAAAAUUCCAUUUUUCUGUUUGGCUUCCCAAAAAUUCAGAUGGAAGGAUAUACAACCUCGGAGACAGGGGCCUACUGAUGGAUAUCAAAUCUCAAGGAAGAAUUCCUCAUCAUAAAGAACUAGAGCGGUAUCUGGAGAUCCAUGGAUCCUGUUGCAUUUCCAGUAUACCUGAACAUGUUCUCGAGCAUGCUGAUCACAUAUCGUUGAUGGAUGAUAGCUCUUUUAGUCACUUAUCUGAACUUGUUAAAGAGAAUCUGAGAUCAAUAAGGAGCUGUUGGCUUGAUAGGUGCACAAAUAUCCGUAGUAUAGUCACUGGAGAAGAAGAUGCCAGAGUUUCAGGAAAGCUUGACUUUCUUUAUCUGUGUAAUCUCUCUUCCUUAAGACGCAUGUGUGAUGAUACAGUGCAGUCCGAGGUCUUUGAAGGUCUUAAGAGCUUGUAUAUAGAUUGUUGCCCGAUGCUCGCUGACAUUUUCCCGUUGUCCAAGCUGCCAAAGAAGCUCGAAACCCUCCAAAUCAAAUUUUGUGAGAAAAUGGAAAAGCUAUUCAACCCUGAUAUGUCCGCAGAAUGUAACUUGCAGACCUUGGAUCUUCUGGAAUUACCAAAGCUCGAGAGAAUCGGGGUUAUGAUGGUCUCCCUGCGAGUAUUGAAAGUGAGAAAAUGUCAGAAUCUGGAGAAUCUAGAUGAAGUGCUUGGAGAAGCUGAAAAUCUGGAAAUUCUCCAUAUUUACCAUGCUGCUAGGCUGAAGACCAUAUGCAGUGGGGGAGUGAAGCCGGGGACCUUCAAAAAGCUAAAACUGCUUAAAAUAGAAUCUUGUCCCCAGCUCAAAGAAGUUUCUCCCUCAUCCAAAUCACUGCCAAACCUGGAGAUUCUUGAGAUAAGCUCAUGUCAACGCUUGGAAACUAUAUUCAGUGGCAGCUCAGCAGGUUCUUCAUUGAAAAGAUUACGACUGUGCAGCUUGCCUAGUCUAAGCAGCACUGUGUUCAAAGUACCACCUCAAUGCCAUGUUGACUUCAACUGCCCAAAUCUGCAAAUAGACCGAUCUGGUUAAG